UAUCUGUGAAAUAUGACAGAGGCCAAGGGUGUAAAUGAUCUUUUUCAUAUCCAGUGUAAAUGAUAAGUUCAGUGUUCGGAUUUGUGUCGCAAUAACAAACAAACAGUAGAGUGAGUGGAGGGCAUUUUCGCAGGUACUUUGGUUGGUACAUCGUAAAACUAAAUUCCUCAUGAUGCAGUAUGUGUGUGGCUUGUCUGUGGGUAGGGUCCCCACCAUUUUGCUGCUCGUGAAUCUCAGUCUUUGGGGAAAACUGUCCGCUCUCAUCGCCCAACACUGUGAGAACUUUGAUGAGUUCCAGCUCACUGACAUGGGCCAUACGAUCCCGUGCCGUCUUGAGUCUGGCCUGGGGCCGUAUGCCGAAUGCAAUGUGACCAAUCUGAAAAAAGACCUCAUGGAGGCGAAGCCAGACGUGAGGACGCUCUGCAUCUAUCAGCACGACUCGGUCAUUCACACUGGAGCUUUCUCUCGUUUCCACUCACUUAAACAUCUCCACAUCUGGGGACUUAACAUCAACAGGGUCCAGCCCAGAGCCUUUACUGACCUGCCGAACCUUGUGAGUUUAUUUCUUCUGUUCGACGACACCACUUGCAGGGAGGUCUCCUUGGACACUGGGGCAUUUCAGGGAUUGGAGCAUUUGGAGGAGUUGGACGUAAGAGGUUUAAAGUUGCUUGGUAUCUCAAAUGGAACUUUGCAGCCUCUGCUAGGGCUGGUGAACUUGCACCUGAAUUACAUCUGUUCAGACAACCUUGGAGAUGUGUUCUGCCUGCUGCCAACUAACAUGUCAAGACUGCACAAUCUGACGCUAGAAAACAGCGGCAUAUCGGUCAUCAGACACCAAGGCACUAGAGCAUGGCCUACUGAUGUUCUGUCUGGAGUAAGAGUACUCAGCCUUCUAGGGACACCUGUUGUCACCAUUAAUACAGACUCCCUGAAGGUUUUUCAGAAUCUCUCAAGUUUCUCUUUGGAUUUUCAAGGAGAGACUGUGAGUUCCAUUUUGGAAUCUGGAAUUGGGCAGGUGAGAGAACUUCAGCUGAAUGGAGAAUUUCUUAGAAACGUACAUGUUGACUUUACAGACCUCUGCCAUCUGGUAAAUAAUCUAAGGGUGAAGUCAGUUACACUAAACUACAUCCAGGCUAAGACAUUAUCUGCAGGUGAUCUUACAAAAUGUGAAAAAGAAUUAGAAAACCUCAACAUCUGGAACUCCAAAAUACAUGAUCUUGAUUUAAGAUUCUGGUCAAAUUUGACAAAUCUGGUGGCAUUAGAUUUGGCUCAUUCGAGGCUGAAUGAAUCAAGCUUCUGCUCAGCUCAACAUCCGUCAAAGUCUAGACUUAUUUCUCUCAACCUGGAAGGAAAUCAACUUACAACAAUCACAGCCAAUCAGUUUUCUUGUAUGCCUAAAUUGGAGAUACUUGAUUUGAGUUUCAAUUUGAUCACAACACUCCAAAAGUUGGCAUUCUGUGGAUUAACUCGUCUCCGGAUUUUAAGGCUCACACACAACAAAAUAAGCAAACUUAAUACCGAUGACUUCAAGUGGCUUCCAGCACUGGAGGUCCUAGAUCUAGAUCAAAAUACAAUUGCUAGCGUAGAGGAGGGAGUCUUCAGGAAACAGAGAGAGCUGCAAGAGCUGAGGCUUGGUAAGCUGGACAUUAUAUAUAUUCUAAAAAUCAACAUGAUAUUUUAUGCCCAUGAGAUCCCACCUAAACUGCGUUAUCUCAACAUAGAUGCAAGCUAUGGAACAAAUUUUGAAAUAAGUCCAAAAACGAUUGCUCCAAACGGUACACUUGUUCUCCAUCUGAAAGGAGACUUUUUUGACUGCAACCUGUGCGAUAAUGCAUUUUUUAAUGCAGUCAGAGAGUUAAAAGUGAACAGCUCUCAUUUCGCCUGCAAAUCUACAUUCAUGGCCCGCUACUUCCCCAAUCUGGAGUCAUUUGAGUUCCUCACCCGUAUUGACAAAGUCACAAUCCUCUACUCUGGGAUCAACACUCUCAGGCACCUGAAACGUCUGAAACUGACCAACCUCAACUUUGCCAAACAGACAGACCCUGCAACAAUCUUCCACAACCUCACUAAACUUCAGAUCCUGGUCUUGAGCAACUGCCGAUUCACUUUCCUCACCAAGGGCAUGUUCCAGAACCUUACCGCUCUGCGUGUGCUGCGUCUCUACAGUCCCUCCCCUCUUCUUCUGCUGGAUGGGGUGUUCGACGCACUCAACUCACUGACCACUCUUGUGUUUGACAAAGUAGAUUUCCGCUGUGACUGCGAAAACAGUUGGCUACUGAAAUGGGCAUGGAGAUCCAGACAAACUCAGGUUAUCAGCCUCGAGUUGCAGCAGUGCAUGUGGCACUAUAAGAAGCUCAACUUCCUGUCCACUAUGGAGCGUUUAUGCCAAACAGAUGUGGAGUACCAGUGUUACCUGGCCACGGCUCUCACCAUCUCUUUCUUCGUGGCCACGGCACUGGGCUACAACUUUGGCCGUUGGCCUUUCCUGGUACUCUUCUUCCGAGCACGCGGGUGGCUGGAGAGAAGAAUCGGGCAAAGGAGAAGGAGAGGACGACGAAUGGCUGAACGUGCUGGGGAGGAGGAGGAGGAGGAGGAAGAGGAAGAGGAAGAGGUGCAGUUUGAUGCGUUUGUGUCCUUCAGUAGCCGGGAUGAAGCAUGGGUGCUGGGGGAAUUGGCACCCCGCUUGGAGGAGCAGGGUGAGCCCAGGCUCAAGCUCUGCCUGCAUAACAGGGACUUUGAGGUGGGUAAAGGGAUCGUGGACAACAUUGCUGAGAGCAUCUACAGCAGCCGUCGGACAGUCUGCGUGCUCAGUCGCCGUUACCUGCACAGCGACUGGUGUGCUCUGGAGCUGCGCGUGGCCACUCACCGCCUGCUGGCCGAGCAGAAGCACAGGCUCAUCAUCAUCUUCCUCGAGCACAUAUCUCCCUUUGAGCUCUCCGCAUUUCACCGACUAGCGAAGCUGGUGAAAUCACGGACGUACCUGGACUGGCCAGAGGACGAGGCUGAGAGGGUGAAUUUCUGGGAACGACUGCGUAGAAACAUCGCUGUGAAAGACAGGGAAGCUCCAGGUGGUAACCAAUAGAGGAAGGUCUAUUUCCAAUGCUGGCUUCAAGCAAAGCUCAAUACUGGAAACACAACGAAGACACGGGAAAAUACUGGAAUGCACAGAAUUUCCACCCAUUUGAAUCUACAAUGACAAUGGUAAUGAUAAUCUGGGAUUUAACUGUGUGCGAGUGUGUGUGUGUGUGUGUGUGUGUGUGUGUGUUAAGAACAGACCUGUCUUUUAAUUAUUCCACCUUAAAGUCUCUUAUGUUUUCUUGUUAAUUAUUCUUUGUUGAUUUUACCUUGAUUUAUGCUUUCUUAUAUAUAUUUUUAUUAUGAUAUUUUUGUUAUUAUUAUUAGUAUUAUUAUUACUCUUUGGCCAUCUAUGCUUUUAUCUGCUAUUACUGUUUGGUUUUUGUUUAUGUAAAGCACAUUGAAUGACCUCUGUGUGUGAAAUGCGCUAUAAAUAACUUGACUUGACUUGUAAAUGACUCAAAAGAAGAUUUUAUCAAGGCAACAUAAUCAGCAAACAUACAGUACGUUACAAUGGUAGUGUCUGUUUGCUAAUUCGAGUUUAUAAUUUUAGAAAACCCUUUUACAGUUACAGUAUGCUAGCACAGCUGAAAACUGCUGCCAUGAAUGGCAUGGCAGCAAAGAAAUAAUGCCACUGGGCAUUAGUCUGGAUCUCAUGAAAUUCUGUUGCUGAUGGCUUAUUGUUGUUGUAUUACUUUUUUGCAUUUUAAUUUUCACAUUGUCAGACUUAAAGUACAACUAUGCUAAAACUAUGCCAUAUUGUGUACCCAUUAUUUUUAAAGUUAAUUUAAUAAUAUUUCCAUUUUCCUGUGUCACUACUUACUUUGUAUUUCUUAAAUCUGUAAACUGGCCAUGUUUGACCGAUACUAAAUAGCUGUGUGUAAUGUGACCGCUUCAUUGAGUUGCCUUAGGCUAUGUCAUGUGCCUGAACUCCUCUCUUGUCAUAGAAACAAUAUGCUGCAGUAUAAUCAUUUACAGAAAUUGAUUGAAAUAAAACAAGAAUGGA